AUGUCCGCCUCCCCCGAUGCGCAUGCGUACUUCACGGCACACUCACAGGCCGACGGCAUCUACCUUCUAGUAAACUGCAUAGCCGGUCCAGCAGCCCAGCACAUCGUUGAGUGGUUGACAGACAUGGGAAAAUGCACGAAGCCGUACAGCAUUCCCCUCCGUAGCGGUCACUUUCUUGAGAACCUAGCUGUUCGUCGGGCGGCACUCAUUCUGGGUAUGAGCCCAUACGUCGCCCAUUUCACAAAGAAGUUUUGCGACCACCUUCUCACGGGUACUGCAUCCUACGACGAGAUUGCAAUGAUCGGAAAUCUCACGACCGAUGACGACCCUUUGUUCAACUGCCUGAUCAAAAAUCUCGCACACCUUCGCGCAUGGAAUGGUAUUGAGGACUUUGUACAGUUCGAGAAGUUCCUAUCUAGUCAUCCUGAGCUUGCGGCAGCUAUCGCGUAUAUGGAGGGUCGACUUGUUGUUAGUUGCGAGGGAUGCAGGAAACGGACACCUUUGAAGUUGCGCAGGAAGGCAAACGAGAUGUAUUGA